ACACACGGGUCCUUCUGGGUUUACGUGAGGCUUGCUUGCGUACAGAGAUCGAAAGCUAUGGCCUCCGCCGGUCUCCAGAUUCUGAGCAUCGUCCUGGCUCUUAUCGGUUGGCUAGGGGACAUUGUCAUCUGUGCGCUCCCCAUGUGGAAGGUGACUGCUUUCAUAGGCAACAACAUUGUGACGGCGCAGAUGUUCUGGGAAGGCCUGUGGAUGAACUGCGUGACGCAGAGCACGGGCCAGAUGCAGUGUAAAGUCUACGAUUCCAUGCUAGCUCUCCCUCAGGACCUCCAGGCCGCCAGAGCUCUGGUGAUCAUCUCCAUCCUCGUGGGCUUGCUCGGCAUCCUGCUCUCCAUGGCAGGCGGGAAGUGCACCAACUGCAUCGAGGACGAGGAGGCCAAGUCCAAGGUGGCCAUCGCAUCCGGCGUGUUUUUCCUGGUCUCUGGCGUCCUCUGCCUGAUCCCAGUGUCCUGGUCUGCCAACACCGUUAUCAGGGACUUCUACAACCCGCUGCUCACGGACGCGCAGAGGAGAGAGCUGGGAGCUUCACUGUUCAUCGGCUGGGGCUCUGCUGGCCUGAUGCUCAUCGGGGGUAUGCUUCUCUGCUGCCAGUGUGCCCAGCGUGAGGAGAGUGGGUACUCUGCCAAAUAUUCUGCCCCUCGCUUCACUGCCAGUAGAAGGGCCCAUGUCUGACAGAUUAACACUUAAAUGUAACAGUUUUUUUUAUGGACAUUUCACGCUUGUGUAGUCUGAACGAGGGUAAAUCUGUUUCUCUUCAACACUUGACAAGGAUGAUUUGAAUAUUUUAGCUUAACAGCUUCAUUGCUUUAAUAAAUUUAUAUUUUAAUGCUUA